AUGCUGUCUCCAGUGUUACUUAAGAGCACAACACGUAUUGGUGGUCUCCAACUUGUGACGACGGCACGCUCGGCGUUACCUGCCGUACAGGUGUUGCAUCAGACGAUGCAGACGCGUACAUUUAUGGCCAAACAGUUGUACAAGGUGGCCAAGCGUGUGAUGCCGCGCAUGUCUGACACGGAGAAGGCAGCGCUGGAAAGCGGUACGGUGGGCUUUGACCGUGACAUAUUCUCGGGCUCUCCUUCUUUGGACAAGCUUGACAAGUACUCGGCACAGCUUAAUGCAGAAGAGCAAGCGUUUAUGGACAUUGAGGUGCAGCAGUUGUGCGAGAUGAUCAAUGAUUACGAUGUUACAUGCAAACAAGACAUGCCACUUGAGGUAUGGCAGUUUAUCAAGGAAAAGGGUUUUCUUGGUAUGAUUAUUCCAAAGGAGUACGGUGGCAAGCAAUUUAGUGCGCAUGGCCACUCAGUCGUGAUCACCAAGAUUGCUACUCGUAGCGCCACUGCUGCUGUCACUGUGUGCGUGCCUAAUUCCCUUGGACCUGCCGAAUUGUUGCUUCGAUAUGGAACAGAUGAACAGAAGAAUCACUUCUUGCCUAGCUUGGCGAACGGCAAGCACUUGCCAUGUUUUGGUCUGACGGGGCCAUCAUCGGGAUCAGAUGCUGCUAAUAUGCGUGAUACCGGUAUUGUGUGUGAGCAAGAUGGUGUACUGGGUAUUCGUGCGUCGUUUAGCAAGCGAUAUAUUACUCUAGCACCUGUUGCUACCUGCGUCGGGCUGGCUGUGGAUGUGAAAGACCCACAAGGAUUGCUGAGAGGUAUGGGACACCCGGGCAUUACGGUGGCUCUUCUUGAACGCGACCACCCUGGUCUUCAGAUGGGCAAACGGCACGAUACGAUCUCGAUUCCGUUCAUGAACGGUCCUGUGAUGGGGGUGGACGUUUUUAUUCCAAUGUCGAAGAUUAUUGGUGGGCAGACGCGUGUUGGCUACGGCUGGAACAUGCUUAUGGACUGCCUGGCCGAAGGUCGCUCUAUCAGCUUACCUGCGUCGGCAGUUGCCGGCGCGAAGCUUUCGAUUAACGCUGUUGGUGCCUACGCACGCAUUCGCAAGCAAUUUAAGGUUCCGAUUGCCAGUCUGGAAGGCAUUCAAGAGCAACUUGCUACCAUGGGUGCCAACGCUUUCAUCAUGACAAGUGGUCAGCAUAUGGUGAACGCUAUGAUCAACCAGCAUGAACAGCCUGCUGUCAUUAGUGGUGUAUGCAAGCAACAAAUAACGGACCGUGGUCGUGACACAGUAAUUCGCGCUAUGGAUGUUCUUGGUGGCGCUGGUAUCUGCAAGGGUCCCAACAAUUUUCUCGCGAACAUUUACACUUCGUUGCCAGUGGUCAUUACGGUUGAGGGUGCAAACAUUUUGACGCGCUCCUUAAUCAUCUUUGGCCAAGGUCUUACUCGCGCCCAUCCUCACCUGUACGAGCUCAUAAAGACAAUCCAGCACGGUGACGACGUUCAAGGAUUCAAAAAGGAGCUGGUGAAGCUUGUGAAACAUGGUGUGUCAAACACGGCCGGCUCGUUAAAGACGGCUGUCACGCGCUCGCGCUUUAAAAAACAGAGCGGUCUGCUUGCACAUUACGAAUCUCAGAUGGACAAGCUGGCGAAAAACUUUGCUACGUGCGCAGACUUGUCGUUGGUGCUUGGUGGUAAGCUCAAGUUUGCUGAGAUGAUUUCGGGUCGGUUUGCGGAUGUGUUCUCUAGUCUGUACUUGGGAUACUCGACAAUGUGGUUUUACAAGAAUAACCGCCACGUUGAUGGCAUCGACGUGAUUUUCGACUACGCGAUGACUCAGCUUUGCUAUGAAGCACAGCAGGGCAUUGUUGGCAUUAGCAAAAACUUUCCCGUGCCAGGUAUUGGUCCAAUCAUGCGCAGAGUGUCGUUUCCAUUUGGCUUGCCAUACGGCUCGCCUACAGACAAGCAGAUGCGCCAGGUUUCUGAGCUGAUCUCCACGGACUCUGCCGUGCGUGGUUUGUUGAGCAACAACGUGUUUGUAUCGAAAGACCCUGAGGACCGGGUGGCACUUCUGAACGCGACGCUGCCGAAGGCUGUGAAGGCGGACCGUACGCUUGCUGCAGUUCGUAAGCAGAAGCGUAGUUUAACUAUUGACGAGCAGAAGUUUAUCGACGAAGUUGAGGCUGCACGAGAAGUCAUUAUCCAAGUAGACAGCUUUGAUGGCCUUGGUGCCGAGAUUGGCAAACCUAAAGACUAUGUUCGCCCAGGCAUGAUUGGCAACAUUUUUGCCGAGAAGUAA